AAAGUGACAAAAAAGAAAAUAGAGGGGGAGAUCAACAAUUUAUCGAAAACAUACACAUGAGAGAACCUGUGAAAAGGAAACAGCAUUGAAAAGUCUUUCUAUUUUUAUUUGUAUUUAUUGAAAUAUAUAUCAUUCAUAGCCUUUAAACAAUAGAUUUAUAUUACAGCGUGAAACAUGUCUAAUAAAUUUGAGGCUAGUACUUGCAGGUUAAAAGCUAAUGAAGACAAUGGGAAUGAUGAAACACAAUCAAAAGAUAAUAAAAAAACUGAAAAAGAUUUACUACCUUCUAUAGAAAUUAGUCCAAAUGAGCAUAAAUUACAAUAUGCAUAUGCGUUAUGGUAUAGUCGACGCAGUCCUGGUAAACAAUCAAGUAUACAAAGUUACGACCAAAAUUUAAAAUUGGUUGGUAGGUUUGCAAGCGUGGAGCAGUUUUGGAGUCUUUACAGUCAUUUAGUCCGGCCAUCAGAGUUAACAACAUCUACAGAUUUUCAUCUUUUCAAAGUUGGCAUAAAACCAAUGUGGGAAGAUGAGGCAAAUCAGAAAGGUGGUAAAUGGAUAGUACGAUUAAGAAAGGGUUUAGUUUCUAGAUGUUGGGAAAAUCUUGUAUUAGCUAUGUUAGGAGAACAAUUUAUGGUUGGAGAAGAGAUAUGUGGAGCUGUUGUAUCUAUAAGGUUUCAGGUAUGGAAGACAUAA